GCCGCCUCCAAUCGCAACCAGUUCCAAAUAUCAGAUUGCUUUCUGCCUGUUGGGCCUUCUUUUUAGUCGCAGGUCCUCCAUAUUCUCUUGGGGUUCGACAUCAAAGUUGCCUUUUCUCGUGGACUUUCAGAUUCAGCGCUUCAUUAACCCCCCUCCCCCCCUGAGUCGUCUGCAUCAUGUCGGAGGAAGACAAAACAAUUGUUAGCAAGCCGUCGGCUGGACCGAAUAGUCCUAGACCAGAGUCUCCGACCACUGCGCGCCCUCUGGAAUUCGACGAUGAAUUCCAGGAGACCGGUGUCACAUCCGCCCCAGCUUCAACUCACCAGACUGCCACGGAAGCCGCCCCGCCAAAGCCGCCCCGCCCAUUGAGCCCCCAGCAACAAGCGGAGAGCACCCUCAAAGAGGCUUUCCCAACUAUCGAGACAAGCGUUGUCAAGGCUGUGUUGGUGGCGAGUGGCUAUGACGUGGAACGAGCUUUCCACGCUCUUCUUGGAAUGACCGAUCCAAAUGCUCAGGAAGAAGUCCUCCCGCCAAAACCCCCCCGCCCGUCUGCAGCGCAGCGACAGCUAGAAGCUGAUGAGCUUUAUGCUCGUCAACUUGCCGAACACUACAACCGACGUGCGCAGCCACCGCCACCGCACUGGGAGAACGACCAGUACCGCCGGCAAAGAAGGGAAAGUGAGCAGUCUGAGGAGAAGGAGUACAACUUUUUCGAUGAUGACCUCCCCGUGAUUCGUGAAAAUAUUCGCAAGGGCUUCCUUGACACUCAGACGAAGGUUAACUCUUGGGUCCAGAACUUGAAGAAACGUCUUGACGGCGAAGAGGAAGACGCAGGUCAUCGUGCCACACAAAGCUAUGGCGAGGACAGCUACGGUCGAUCGCGACGCAGUGGGGAUCGAGAACGCUACGAUGCGGACCCUCAAGUUUUGAGUGAUGAUUUCUCUGCGCUUGAGCUGAGGGAUGGGGAAGCUCCCCCUCCCCGACCCCCAAGACCGCUUGCCAACCCUAAUUUGUACAAGACCUCACUACAUUCACCGGAUACACGCAAGGUUUCCUUCCAGGACGGCCCCCCUACUGAAAUUGGCAGCCUUUACGAUGCAUCAGAGCCCGUCAAGCACCAACCGGCUGCUGGAGGCAAACCAAGUAAAUGGCAGCCUCUGUCGACGGUCGAGCCGUCUCCUAUUGGGGACAACGACCCGUUUAGCUUAGGCGAUAGUGACGACGAGAGGGACACCAAGGCCAAGGAUCAAACCCCUGAGGAAAGUGAUCGCGUAAAGAAAGCCGCCACUGAGGCCACGGCUGGGGAACUUAAUACCUCGUCCAAGGGAUAAUGGUGGGAAAGCUGUUCUAAGCCUGUCUUGUUUUGGCCUUCUUUUACGGCCUAUAUAUUUAGCCUUGCGUUUUCUAUGCAUUAUCCUCAUGUCAUUCCAAGCUAUAUUGUCCUGUAUUCCUUAGGUUGAUGUUGAUGAUACCAGAGAUUGUUCUACGGAGGCAGAGUAGUUGAGAGUAUAUUAAAUUCUUCUUCGCAUCCCAGAGAAAGUAUAGUCCAAUAGUAUGAUCAUUUUUAUCAUAAAAAUGCGAAUAACAGGGUAUCUUGA